AGAGCGAGCGACAGCCAACGAAAGACGGACGAAAAGAGCGAGAAAAGAAACCAAAGGAGCGUAAGUCGAAGUAGAUGAAGGUAAACAAAUCCAAGGUCCUCGCUCUUACAUCGCGCGCAUGUGAAGAGGAGUUGUGGAUGUUUCAAGUUGUGCUGCUUGACUUUGACCUCAUAGAUAGUUAACCAACUAACUGGUAACUAGUCCACCAACUAACUCACUAGUUAGUGUGACGUAGAGGCACCAUCAGCCACCAAAACGCCAACAACAUCGAUAACUGCGAUCAACACUCGACGGAGGACGCUUGACGGCGGCAGAUACGCAUAUACAGGCCAUCGAGAUGCCCAAGUUCGAACCCAAUGCCAUCCUCCGGGGCGCGCAGCUGACGCUCGUGGGCGCACACAGGGCGUUGCAGAACCCGGGGCUCUUCAAGUCGGAGCAUUACAAACAGGCUGCCCUCGCUGUCUGCAGUGGGAUAGCCAUCCACCUCGUCGUUGCGAUCCCGAUCGUUGCUGUCAAGCUGGUGAUAUGGCUUCUCUCCUGGGUUAUGGACCUCGAGAGUGCUGUGUGGGAUGAUAAAGUGGUCGGGACACUGGACUUCGUGUCCAACUAUGUCCUUCAGGUGCCAUUUUUCCUCAUGACCCUGAUGCGGUAUAUCACGCCAACCCUGGACAAUAUGUUCAUGGAGUCCCUACGUUGGGUUGAUAUAACCUAUACGCAGAAGCACAAGGACGAUGACCCGACGACACUCCGGCCAAUGUACUAUGAUAACCUGCGGAUGUACUCCAAAGGCGGCAUGUCUCAUGGUAAAAAAUCGAGCCUUGCGCCUCUCAAGGCCUUUGCCAUUCGCUACGGAAAACGAACCGGCAUGGCGCUGGCAGUCUACAUUCUCUCACACCUCCCCUUAGUCGGCCGCUUCGUUCUUCCAUGUGCAAGUUUCUAUACCUUCAACAAGGCUGUUGGUCUAGGACCAGCGGCUGUGGUCUUUGGAACCGGUCUGGUACUACAUAAAAAGUAUCUGAUUGUCUUUCUGCAGAGUUACUUUGCCUCUCGCAGCUUGAUGAGAGAGUUGCUUGAGCCGUAUUUCAGCCGAGUCAAAUUCACUGCUGAUCAGAAACGACGGUGGUUCCUCGACAGAGAUGGAGUGCUGUUUGGAUUUGCAGUUGGGUUCUACCUUAUGAUUCGCAUCCCCGUGUUGGGAGUCUUGCUCUAUGGCAUUGCAGAGGCGUCAACGGCAUACCUGGUCACCAAGAUCACUGAUCCGCCGCCACCGCCAGCCUACUCUGAAGGCUUCGCUGAAGGACAAGUGGCAUGGACGAACAAGCAUCUCUUCCUUAAGCUCCCCCUAGACUCUCUCGACUUUCCCGUUGUCAAAGCUCGCGAAGGAAAGAAAAUAUCCUGA